AAUUCUGGCGUAUUCUAGUUAGUGUGUUUUCUGCACAUUCAUGUGCUGCCGUGGUUCAUGUGGGAUUAACACAAAGUUGAUCUCAUGCCCACACGGAGACCACAGGUCGUUGGAAGAAUGUGGGAGGGAGGUUUAGGGCCUAGCUAUUUUCGGCCAGAUGGCUUUGUGGCAUUUAUGACUAUUUUAUGACUAUGGUAUAAAACAAUUAAUACACUUCAGGGGAGGACUGGUGGAUUAGGAGAGUGAAUUCCUCAGCCAGACCCUUGUCUUUAUGGCGCCGGACAUUGCCUUUAUGGUGCCAGACAUCUUUUUUGUUAACUUAGAGAUAGAAUUGAAGAGAGAUCACAAGGUUGUUGGUAAGAUUAAAGCGAGAGUGUCGUCUCUUCUGGGAGAGAUAGAGUGGCAGACGUGGCAAGCUUGGGGGUAUAAAACCUUUGGCCUUCGUCUUCCAUUUUGUCUAUCUUGGAGAAGGGAUACUCGAGCACUGUUAGUGAGACGCUGCCAUCGAGCAGAUUUUCAUUUUGCAAGGACUUUGUCAUUUUUUUGGACUUGGUGAGACUUAGUCUCUCCUCGUCUUUUUACCCUUUUUACUUUUAUACUUUAUUUCUUUUAUUCAUUUACCUCUUUGUAAUCCCUUUCUCAUCGCUAAUAAAUUACCAUUUGAUUGACCCUUUUAAUCACUCCGUCAAGACUUAUUUUUAUUUUUGCAAAAGAGUUACUUUAAAACACAACGCAGAGCAAAACCGCAAUCCUUCGAUUUUUAUUGAAGAAGAAGAUCUUGGUGAAAAGUCCAAAAUCUAUCAGUUGGUGCCGUGGCCCCGGAUGCAAAGAAGCUGAAACCGGAUCGCACAUCCAGAAGGGAGAAGCAGACGAGCCGUUGACCAAGCAGUGCACGCUGACAUCAACGACCGGUGCAGUCCUGCCCCUCUGAAGAACCACGCUCAUCCAGUUUUGAAGGGACAAGUGGGGACGCUCACUCGUACAGCCUUCUGAAAAAUUGAAUUGGACGAGACGCAGGCCUGUACAACAUCUACCUCAGAGGGGGUGACCUCUGUGCUGCUGUUGCCCUCAUCGAGGCUACCUUGCGCUGUUUUUCCUGGACUCUGGGACUGUGCGCACUUUCUGGCUGACGUGGGACUCUUGAUAAGCGAGUGGGAGGCCUGCUACCUCAUUCGUCUGCACUUCUACUGACCCCUACCGACGCCUGCCUGCCAUGGCAAGCUUUUGGGUGGCUGUUGUGUCCUGCAUCCUGUUGUGGUUGCGUGGAGGCUGUUGUAUUUAUGACAGUCAUCACGAGAUUCACAAGGAUAACGUGUUUCUUCAAACGGCGCACAGCUAUGCGGCUGUCAAGAAGGUGGACGACUGCUGGGUGUGUGGGUUGAUGCCACAUGCUGUCAAUGUGUAUCCGUACAUCGCCAUCCCGUUCACCGUGCGUGAAUAUGCUACCGCUUUUCGAAGUGUCCACAGUGCCCUGUUCAAUCCCAAUGUCACUUUUUUCCUACAGAAGGUGGAUCGCGUUAUUCCAGGGACUUCUCAUCGAUUGACUCUAAGUUACGCUCCAAAAGGUUUUUUGUGUGUGAUAAAUGCUGGGACUGGGGAACAUGUGGGAACAAGUGUAUGUGAAUUUGUUGUGCGGGUGGGCCAGCGGAAGGUUGAUAUCACUUGGCCUGGAGGAUCUGAAAUGCUUCCUCUGCCUGACUGGUCGACGGACGGUUUAGCUGCCUACAACGGUACUAUGUUUGUCUGUGGUAAAUUUGCUUACACUUUUCUUCCCCCAUCUUGGCAAGGUACUUGUUAUCUAGCGUACGUAGUGCCUGCUGUCAGGAUGACGAAGGAGCCGCCUAAGGUGUCUGUCUCUAGCCGCCCUAAGCGGGACCUUUUUGGUAACCAUAUUGCUGUUGCUACCCCAACCCAACGUUUCUUCUCUGCUGUUGUUCCUACUUACGGAAUGACUGUUGCUUUGGACGAGAUCAGAGAUUUAUCUGGUGUGGUCCAAAGAAUUGCUAAUGAUUCUGCCAGUGCCAUUCAGGAGUUGAAUGUUGAACUACGCGCUGUCAGGGCAAUGUGUCUCCAGACGCGUCUUGCUCUUGACAUCGUGUUAGCCUCCAAAGGUGGCACUUGUGCAAUUAUUGAUCAAGAAUGCUGUACAUUCGUGCCCGACAAGUCACAUGACGUUGAGCAUUACGUUUCUGACAUUUAUUCGAAGGUGGCUAAAUUGAAAUCUGACUCACAAGCUUGGUCUCUGGAAGACUGGAUUACUUCUUGGGGGGGUGCCCUUGCUGCUAAGAUUUUUCAAAUUGUGAUUCCUUCUCUGCUCUGUUUGCUUGCUAUCGGUGUCUCCAUCCAGUGCUUUUGCUGCCUGACCAAGCGAAUCUGUUGCAAAGCCAGAAUCGCGAGGGUGGGACAGGCAAAGUAUGAGGGGGGAGACAGGGUAGAAAUCCCAGAGCCGAGAAUUCCUGAUGAGUAUUUCGUUUAAAUUUCUGGUCUUUACCUGUUAGUUUCUGUUUCAUUUUUGUUUAAUCUGGUGUGAUGAUUAGGUAACUCAUUUAUUGGACUUUAUAUGUGUGAACAUGCUUAUGGGUGUUUAACUGAUUUUUUAAAUUCCUUGUGAUUAAUUAUGUAUUCCUAUGUUAUAGACUUAACUGUUAUAUCUGGUUAACCCUCUACUCUUCCAACGGUGUGUGGUCACGUGGGGGGGGACAGUUCUAAAUUGUGAAAAUAUAAAACGUUGUUUUAAAUUGUCAAGAGGGUGGAAUGUAGAAUUCUGGCGUAUUCUAGUUAGUGUGUUUUCUGCACAUUCAUGUGCUGCCGUGGUUCAUGUGGGAUUAACACAAAGUUGAUCUCAUGCCCACACGGAGACCACAGGUCGUUGGAAGAAUGUGGGAGGGAGGUUUAGGGCCUAGCUAUUUUCGGCCAGAUGGCUUUGUGGCAUUUAUGACUAUUUUAUGACUAUGGUAUAAAACAAUUAAUACACUUCAGGGGAGGACUGGUGGAUUAGGAGAGUGAAUUCCUCAGCCAGACCCUUGUCUUUAUGGCGCCGGACAUUGCCUUUAUGGUGCCAGACAUCUUUUUUGUUAACUUAGAGAUAGAAUUGAAGAGAGAUCACAAGGUUGUUGGUAAGAUUAAAGCGAGAGUGUCGUCUCUUCUGGGAGAGAUAGAGUGGCAGACGUGGCAAGCUUGGGGGUAUAAAACCUUUGGCCUUCGUCUUCCAUUUUGUCUAUCUUGGAGAAGGGAUACUCGAGCACUGUUAGUGAGACGCUGCCAUCGAGCAGAUUUUCAUUUUGCAAGGACUUUGUCAUUUUUUUGGACUUGGUGAGACUUAGUCUCUCCUCGUCUUUUUACCCUUUUUACUUUUAUACUUUAUUUCUUUUAUUCAUUUACCUCUUUGUAAUCCCUUUCUCAUCGCUAAUAAAUUACCAUUUGAUUGACCCUUUUAA